AUACUUUUUUUCAAAAUCAAUAUUUCUAAAUAUGUGAUAUAAUAUUUUGUAAGAUAUCAUAUCUAUUCUAUAGCUUGUCUGUGGUAUUUUCUAUAGUGUAUUCUAUUGCAACGGUACUUUCCUAUCUAUAUUGACCAAUAUGUAUGGCUGUCAACGUGAAAAAGAAAUUGUUUUAGCUGAUUUUAACGACAUUGAAGUGCAUAGAAAUUAAUAAGAUUAACCAAUUGAUCACUCAUUGGAAGUGAAUCAAAAUUCUUCUAUUAUUCAAUAAUAUAUUUUUUAAAUAUAUUUUCAAAUAUACGCUUUUAAAUUAUCGUGUAAUUUUUACAUCGGUGUAUAUAGUGCGAAAGCAAUUGAUAAUCACGUUGAAUCAUCGGAAACAAUUGUCAAUCUGAAUUGAUUAGACAAGAUUUAUCAUUAUGUGCGCGAAAAUGGCUUUUCAGCAUCAAGCUGGCACCGCUAUGGAAUGCUUAAGUAUACCAAUUAUAUUGGUAAAAGAAACAGAUGUAAAUGAAAAUGGAGAAGAGGUGAUGAAAUGUGGCUUCAAAAUUGGAGGUGGCAUUGAUCAAGAUUUUAGAAAAAGUCCUCAGGGUUAUACUGAUAAUGGUAUAUAUGUAACUGAAGUUCACGAAGGAUCUCCAGCAGCAAAAAGUGGUCUUCGUAUGCAUGAUAAAAUUUUACAAUGUAAUGGAUAUGAUUUUACUAUGGUAACUCAUAAAAAAGCAGUAUCAUAUAUCAGGAAACAUCCAGUAUUAAAUCUAUUAGUGGCUCGUAAGGGAGUAACAAGUACUUAAAUACCAACCUGCUGCACCUAGUUCUACUUCAGUUGGAGCUGCGAGACGAUCGCCCAGCAAAGCUAUAGCACCUAGAACAGGUGGUGGUACUGUUAGACAAAGAAAAACUGCAACAACUACUUCAACUCGGAGUAGAAAUACAG